AUGGUGUCACAUUCUGAUUCCCCCAUUUUACUAACAAAGUCAUUUUUUGACCUCCGCGAUGAGUGCCACAAUUUAAUAGAUGAAUAUCAGAAGAUAAUUCGUGCGGAAAAUCAUUUUAAGGAUGCACCUUUUCGUCCCUACUCAAAAGUAUUAGCUCAAUUCUACAUAGAAUAUGAAGAAUUAAAACGGUGGCUGUCUAAAGUCAGUGUGCUGUCAUUUCGAAGACAUCCAGCAUGUCUUAGCCGUUCCGAGUCUUAUGUCAGUCAGAACUAUUUUGGGCAUAUGAAAGGUCGAGAUGUUGACUUCGAUCGCUUGUGUUCUCUUGCUAAUCAACUUUUGGAUAUAUCUGGUCAAAGCUGCAAAUCUCCAAUCAUUUAUUCUUCUGAUUCAGUUCAAGAAUCCACUGAGUUUGAUGUUUCCAGUCGGUUUAGAGAAAUUCAAACGUUGUGGGAUGAUGUUACCAGUGCGGUGUACCCAAUGAGCUUUCUUCACGACCCACCACGUACACUUAAAGAUAUUCAGUUGGAUCUAGAAGAAACUGAAGCUAAGUUGUGCUCCAUUGAUAGACAAACUUGUCUGCUUAACGAUAUGAUUAAAUCGCCUAAUGGAAAAUGCGAGAUAACUUCGGCGAUGAUGACAUUAAAGGUUGAACAUGUAUACCUGAAAAGAGCUGUAUCAACUCUUCUUGCCGCUGGAGUUUUACUUUCGCAACUUCACGUAUCCUGUGUUGAACUUGGGUUUUGUUCGUUUUCAGAUGAAGUAUCCAAUUGUCCCAUUAUUAGACUUACCGAAAUUAAAGAUGAACUGCUGCGUAAAAGUUCAUCCCUUUGGAUUAGGCAUGUUGAACUUCGUGAAUUCUGGAAGUGUCGAUCGAAAAUUCGAAGCUCUUUUGAAAGCGGAUUAUCUCGUUCUAGUUUGAGUUUUGGAAAUUUUCGCUCACUAAUUGGAUUGGAUCAUGUAACGGCAAAUAAUCUUCUAUUCCCAUCCUCGUCAGUGGAAGAGUCCACUCCAAAUGGUCUGUAUCCACCAAAACCGUUAGCAGAUGUCUAUCAUUCUGUUUCCUAUCCAAAAUUAGACUCAAAGUUAUGGAAAACGCUUACAGAACAUCUGCAUUUCGAAGUGGAUACCACCCGCAUGCGUGAUUCACAUUCCAGCGUUUAUUCAUUAGGCUGUCCGGAGUCAGGAUUUGCAAGUGAUACUGACUGCCAGCACUUGAAUUCUCAUUUGUCGAAUAACGGUGUUGUUUCCGGUCCAUUCUCAAGUAAUUCACAAAGUUUGAAGUCUCCCUGUUCUCCAUUUCGCGAUAAACUUCGUUCUCAUUCUGUAGACUGUUUACGUACUUCUAAUACAAGUUCUAAUGCUUCUGAAGAAGCAGAUAAAGAUUCCUGCACUGAAUUAUAUCAUCAUGACACCAAUCGUACACCGAUUAAAUCCGUCAAUUAUUCAAUUGAUGAUAACAAAAAGAAUAUAGAUCACGGGGAUGAAGCUUUAUCUAAUCAGUCUCAACGUUCAUUCAGUUUUUACUUUGAACAGAGAAGUUCUUUUGACCAUAUAUCUCAAAAUAGUGGAGAUUCUCGUGCAUCUAGUUACCAUGAUUUGGUUCCUUCAGUUGUUAUUUUAAAUGAUUCCAAGGUGAUAAAUAUACGCUCUUCAUUAGAUCAAAUUCAAUCUACUUUUAACAGUGCAGAGAAUUCAUCCAACAUGCCUGUUGCUUCUGUCACUGUAAGUAAUAAUCAUGAGAUGAGGAGUCAAAAGCUGGAGCUGUCAUCAAACUCUUCGCGUCUUAGUACUUCUGUUGACACUGAAUCUUCAACCACCAUUAAGUCUCGAAGAAAUUAUUCAAUUUCAUCUUCUGAAUUAUGUAUGGAAUAUCAUGAGAAUGCAGAAAAUGAGGAUUUCGAUGAUACCACUUUCUCUGAGUUGAUCCCAUCAACUACAGAAUUCGACUCGAAUUCGCAUUCAUUUGAUGCUGGACAAAAAUCGUCUGAUUUCGUAUCGCCUAUGAAUUCUCCAAAUUAUCAUGAUAUUAAUGAUCAUGAUGGUGGUGAUGAUAAUGGUGUUGUUGAUAGUCAUCGAACCGCUAAAAUCCCUAGUUUUAAUAAUGUUGGUGAUGGAAUGUGUCAUAAUGUAAACCCAAGUGGUAUUCAAGCGACCGAUGACAAUCAUGACACGUCAGUUGAUGGACUAGAAUGGGAUCAUUUAGGUGAUAUACGAGGUGUAAAGUCUAGUUUACAAGAUAAAUGCUAUUGUACUUCAUCGUCUCCAAUACAUAACAAUGGAUCAGUUGAUGGAUUGACUCGGACGUCAUCACCAUGCAGAGUAAAUGGAAAAGUUUCCUCUGAUGUUGACUGUUUUUCGUUAACACUUGCUGCUGAAGCAGCUGAAGCCCUGAUAUCUCCUCGUACACAACAGAAUGAAGCACAGGUUCGACGUCGUCGUAGUCGAGCUACUAUUGCCUCACGUAGAAAAUCGCAUACGGAAGUGAUUGUCCCUCAUUCUACACCUCACACUGAAGUAUGUUCUAGUCCAAACAACUAUUGCUCAUCUCCAAAACUAGUAAUAUCUAAAGAGCAAAGUAUUAAAGUUCAUCUGUGUGAACCAGUUGUCUCUAAAGUUGAUUCGUCUGUUGCCGUAACGUCUAAACCCUUGAUACAGGAAGAAAAACAUUCCAGUUACUUAAAUUUGGUAACUCUUGGUAACAGAAGUGUCUCUUAUGAUGCAGCUGAUCUUUCAAUGAUUUGUGAAGAUGACAUACUUGCCCUGAUUUCAUCAAUACGUUGGGAUGCACUUCCGCUUAUCGGAUUAUUAUCACGUCUAGAGGGAAAUUCUGUAUUCGAGGCGGUUGAAUCGAAGUAUGUAAGAAAUUGUGAAAAUCAACUCUCUGUACAACUGGAAGAUGAACGUCGACAACUGGAUAUUGAUAAGAGUUAUCUUACGCAUUUCGAUAAGCGCCUUACUCAUUGGACUAAUACAAUGGAAACAUUACGUUCUCAGGCGUUGAUGAUUUCCUCACCGAACAAGGUAAUAAAUGCAGAAACGGAAUUAAACACUACUACUUUAUCUGUUACUGUCAAUACCUUCAGUGAUUGGUUAUCAGCUCUCAAAGCAAGACUUACAAUGGCCUUUUCGAUUUUACAAUGGCGUACAUCAGUUUUCGAUCAUUUAGUAGGUCAAAGUCAUGAUGCUAAUCUAUCAUUGUUGGCAAUGAAACAGCGUGUUCAUACAUCGAUACAAAGAGCUCAAGAAACAAUAAAAUCAUGCAUAGAAUCUUAUGAUAAUAAGUUUACACAAUCUUUGAAUGCUACUGAUGGUGAUAUCAGGGAUGGAUCAGAUGAAUUUCACUGUUGUCUAACUAUAUCUUCCAGCCAAUCACCCAAUGAAGUAUUAAAUACGUUAGAAGAAUUACGCAAUUUAAACGAAAACUUGUGGAAUAUUCAAUCACGUUUGGGUUCUUGUUAUCUAUUCGAUGAUUUCUGGAGAUUUUCAUUUCAUUCAAAAAUGCCUCAACAACAACAACACCGUGAUGAUGAUGAUCAAAGCUUACCUUAUCAAGGGAAUAGAAAUGAUGCAUUCAUCAAUCGAAAUCUUUCAUUGAACUAUUCAGUUUCCAAUCUAAUCCAACUGUCUUGCACACUUCGUCAACAAGUUUUAAACACAAUUCGUAGUCUGGAAUCAGCUAUGCUGAUAAAGUCAAACAAUCUGCUGACAUUUAAAAAAGAAGUAUCCUAUGCUGCUCAAAAGCAUGAAUUAAUUCAUUCCUCAAGUUAUUAUAUUGAAGAGAAUUAUAAUGAUGAAAGAAUUGAUGGUAGUAGUAGUAGUCCAAUUGCAUGUAAUGGCGAUGAUGGUGGAUCAAUGAUUGAAUUGAAUUUAAAUCGCCUAAUCGAGUAUCUCAUUUCUUUUCAACAUUCUAAUGCUAAAAAUUCAAUUUGGUAA